ACCUGAUGCCCCACUAGUCGGUGAUAGUGUUCGCCAGUGAAAGCACCUCUGCUUUUCCGCGUGUCGAGGACUUGUGCCUAAUAAGUGUCACUAGAUUCCACAAGUUCGGCACGGUUGCGACUAGCUGUGAAACAAUCAAUAUUCAUCACAUCUGCUUUGGAAUAAGCUGAGUAUGCAGAACUAUUUUGGACGGAUUAACGAACUUCUGAAAGUGUGAAGUGCUGAUUCAACGAGUAAAUGUUCACGUGUCCAAUCAUUGGAAGCCGGUUGCCUGUGAUGGAAUUAUCCGAUCUCAUUCGCUCGAUUGCGGACUUCGUUUGAGUGCCAUGUACAUUAAGUCGGGACACCGAUUCCUCAGUGACAAAGGCCAGAUAGUGUUCCCUGGCCCGCCGACCCGUUCGGCUUUCUCGUUCUCGUACACAAACCCGCUGACCACGACUACCACGGCCAGCACCACGACGGUGGCCCUGCCUGAUCCCCCGGAGAUUGACGAUGAUACAAACUAUAUCGAUAUGUGGCGAAGCAAGUCAACGUCCGGUUCGGACAUGCUGUCCGACAAAAUUCAGAUGUUCUACAUCUACAUUACGGUUACCAUAACGUCCGUGUUUGUGCUCAUUCUGUUGGGGAUUUUCGGUUACAUGUGUUAUAAAAGGAAGGGAUUCCAAAGCAUAGAGAACCAGCAGGACAUUGAAACGACCCGAAGGCAGAGCAGUCGAAGAUCACAGCGGAGGCAUUCGAUGCACUGUUCCAAAGAGCGCGAAGCCUCAGAGAAUCCAGGCCAGACGCUUUUGCGCUGAAUCGAAGUGUGAUUAUAGACUUUAAAUAUUUUUGCGAUUUUUUGUAAACUACGUACUUAUUUUUAACCGAAAUUCGUGUAUAUAAGAAUGCAUUACACAUUGGGAGAGAA